GCUGUCACACUCAAGUAUUCCCACACACACUUACGCAUCCACGCACACACACGGAGCCGGAGUAUAGCCGCCGCCGCUGCACGUCGGGAGCGCGAGAGAGCGGUCCGUUCUCGCUGGGCACCGGAGGAAAAAACGGCUGGUUGAUUUCGCUUCGUCUUGGCUUCGUCGUGACUUCAGUUUUGGGGCUAAAGAAACGAGACACGAACGGGAGCGGGAGAGGUGGAGCAUGACCAUCUCUGUCUACAUCGCAAGCCACUUUAAACGAAAACAUCUGGACUAACAUAGCUUCUUGAAUACCACGUUUCACAAUUGGCGUUGUCCUAUCCAAAAACUUCCUUUGCUUUCCUCUUGAGAUUUGGAGACGUAGCGACUCGGAGUGACUGGCCCACACUGAGCAAGCUUCAGCCAACCAUCUGCGACCCAUCUUUUACUAUUUCACAUCUGCUUCAAAACCAAUCCAAAUAGAAAAAUAAGGGGGACUUUUGUCAAAUCACUACCCAUGGGAUGUACCGGCACCGGGGGUAUGACGGUGGUUGAAGUCUCCCCCAGCUUUGAUUAGGCCUCUGGGGGCACGGGUGAGGAGGGAUGGGUGAUGAGACCCCCAGCUGGAUGUUCCGCUGUGGCCCCCAUCACGACUGUCAUUAGUGGGUAAUGAAGGGCUGUUAAGAGGGGAGCCUGUGGAGAGAGGAGGGACUGUACAUCUGCUAUUCACAGCUUUGGAGAUUUUAAACAUUUCUGAAGAGGAGAGGAUUGUGACGAAUUUAAAGCAUUUCUUGGAUUAUUUUUGAUAUUUUUUUUUUUGGUUUGCUGCAUUGUUUUAUUACUGCAAAUUUUGGAGUUCAAGUUUUUCCUUUUCUAUUUGCUUGGCUGCAAACAUUUUUAUCCUGUCUUGGGACUUGUGCAACAACUAAUCUAACCAUUGCGAACUGGAUUAUUUCAUUAAAUUUAAAUUUUUAGUUUUUAUUUCAAGAUGACCCUUAACUUUUUCUUCCUAUCAACUGGAUGAAAAUAUCACUUUUAUAAUUAUCUUUUGUUGACAUUUCAUUUGGACAUUCGCAAUCAUGGCAGCUGCAUAUCGUGUUGUGGUUAGCAGUAUAAGCUGUUACAAUAGCGUGGUAGUGGACAGGCGCGCCCACUCCCAUGCCGUGCACUACUGCUCUGGGCCAUGUGGGGCGCUAUCACAGGGACUGGACUGCACCCUGGCCCAUAGAGGAACCUGCUCUGAGCUGCUUGUUGCUCCAGAAAUAACAUACAAAGAUGCAAACAACGCAUCCGUACAGUCUAGAAAUAUCGGUCAACAUUUGUCCAAUCAUGGUAAAAGCAUUUCAAUAGAUAGCGGGUACAGCAGUGGUCUGGAAAGAGCUGGGAGCAGUGGUAAUUUGUCCAUAGGCGAAGACACAUCCACAUUGCGAAGUAAAAAAGCAUCAAGUGGAUCUAUUGGGAACUUGUCCGGCAGUUUAAAGGAUAUCACCGAAGAAGCUAUUAAUUUAGCCAGUGGGAAGCUAAAAGAAUUCUCCUUUGACAAGCUCCGCCUCUCAUCCUCAAAUCAUGUCACUUUUAGAAAAGGGCGGAAAGUGCGUCCGGAUUCGUUCAGUCGGCGGUCCGCAGACUUGGAGAUUAUCUAUGGGCACUUUAGCUCCACUGUCACUUCUAAUGGCGCUGCUAAUGGGAUGACGAAUGGGCUAAGUACUUCCAAUGAUGAGAAUGUGCAGUCAUUUGGGUUAGGUAAAAGCUUAGAGGAGGCCAAACAGAAAGGAAACUCAAGCAACCUGUCCACUAUUACCAAAGCAAGCGGGGGCUCUACUGGAAGCCUCCCUAGCAUCAGCUCCCUAGACCAGAGCAUGAACACGAUUACGUCCUUGUAUCGUAGCACCAUGGGGGAGGAGAAUCUCAUCGCUCGUUUGCUGGAGAAAACGCGAGCGGAGGCGGGCAGCGGUGGAGGGGAGGAUAUCCGUGCGUGUUUGGACAUCCUGCUCAAAUGCUCGGAAGAUUUGAAGAAAUGCACCGAUAUUAUCAAGCAGUGCAUUCGCCGGAAAGCAGGCGGCGGUCACGAAGAUGGAGGAGCCAGCCCUGAUAGUGUGUACCGAGCGAUGAUGACGAGACUUAGUUCCUAUCUGAAAAGACUACCCUUGGAUUUGGAAGGCCUCAGCAGUGGGCAAGGGCAUAGCGAGCUUGCGGAGUUGGUGAACAGUCUUCACUCACUUCAGCAAUCGCCUUUCUCGCCAAUUUUCGGCAACGAACAACCACCCCGCUACGAAGAUGUAGUCCAGUCCCCUCCCAUAACAAAAUCAUACAUCUCUUCGUCCUUGAAACCAGAUUCUAACACGAAAUCACCCAUAAGUUCUCCAUCACGCACUCCUACACUUACAAAUGGUCUACAGCAUUCGUCAGUAAGUCAACACACAUUAACUGUCCCAUCUGUGACGUACUCUUCAUCAAGCUCUUCGUCCUCCCCCUCUCAUUCGCCUCUCCGCACCUCUCCUACGCCUCCGUACACGCACACACCCCCAGCAUCCCCAAUGGAGGCCCUGUAUAUCGAAGAGGAAGACCCGCCUGAACAAAUGGUCGAAAUUCCUCCAAAACAGUCAAGUAACGUAAAUGGGCCUGUGCUAAACCAGCAAUUUCAUAUGUCAAAUAAUCCACAAGUUAAUUCCAGCUAUAGUCCAAGCUGGCCUCCUGCUUCUACCCCACCAAAUCUGGCAACGCCUCAACCUGUUACGCAUAGAAACGAAGAUAUUGACAAGCUGUUGAUGGACUUAGAAAACUUAUCGCAAAGUAUGAGCAACCCGCCACUUCCAGCAAAGACCAGGAAGCGGGAUAAACUCAGUAAUAAUGAUGGUUUCGCUCAACCCAAAUCAACGCAAUUUCAAAUCCAGAAGCCUGUAUCUAUGAAUGGGCCCAGGUCAAAGUCUCCAAUUCCUGUUGCCUUGUCCCACGUUGAACCAAGCAACCAAGGUGGAGUUGGCGAGGAGGAAGACGGAGCGCUUUUGAUGAGGAUUUUGGAAAGCAUUGAAAGUUUCGCUCAAGAACUGGUUGACUCUGGGGCUGGGAGUACAGGAAGUGCUGAAAGAAGUAGUGGCAAAGAGAGAGAGGUGAUGAGGUUGCUUCAAGAUACGUUAGCAUCUACUAGCAGGUCAAAUACCCCGCUAGAAAAUUUGCUAAUAACAUCAGAUCCUGUUUCAAGUGAAAUACCGCCAGCUAUCCCACCAAAACAGUCCCACUUAACAACAUACAUGUCCGAAAGUGCACCUGAACCUUUGCCUGGUUGCCAGAUUGAAACUCCCCCUAAACAAGUGCCUCUCUCAAUCCCAGAACCUAUUCUUCAAGUCACAGAAGCACCUACAGUUACUGAAGUUACCAUAUCAGAACCGUUGCCGAAAUCAAUAGACUCCUCCACACCUGCAAGCUUGCAUUCCUCAGCACCUCUGACUGUAUCAGAGCCUGUACCCGAAGCUCCGCCCCACGUUUCCACGACAACAGCAGAACCAGGAAGUGAAGGGGCCAAUGUGUCCAGUGUGGUGAAAGACAGUGGGUCGACUCUUCUCAUCCAGCAGACUCCAGAAGUGAUCAGGGUUCAGUCCAAACCAGAGAAGAGACCAAUCACCCCUCCUGCCGCACCUGCCCCAGCGGAGCUCACGGUCAUCCCAGCAACGCGCACCCCCAGCCCGCCCCCCGUCCCGGUCAUCGUCACCCCACCCCCUCCCGCCAUCAACAUUCCCAGAUUCUACUUCCCCCGCGGGCUUCCUGUGAUAGGCUCCUCCCCCAACCAUGACGCCACCAUCGCUACCAUAGAAACCGCCUUCACCGAGUUCGAGGACGAGAAGGCAGACAUUUACGAGAUGGGGAAGAUAGCCAAGGCAUGUGGCUGUCCACUUUACUGGAAGGCCCCCAUGUUCUACGCAGCAGGAGGAGAGAGAACCGGCUUUGUCUCUGUUCACUCUUUCAUCGCAACAUGGAGAAAGUUGCUGCACAGUUGCCAUGACGACGCGUCCAGAUUCAUUUAUCUGCUGGCCAAACCCGGGUGUAACUUCCUGGAGCAAGAGGACUUCAUCCCUCUGCUUCAGGACAUCGUGGACACACAUCCUGGACUGACGUUUCUGAAGGAUGCACCUGAGUUCCAUUCCCGCUACAUCACGACGGUGAUUCAGAGGAUAUACUACAUUGUGAACCGUUCCUGGUCCGGGCGCAUCACCACAACGGAGCUGCGGAGGAGUAACUUCCUUCAAACUCUGGCUCUUCUGGAGGAAGAGGACGACAUAAACCAGAUCACAGACUACUUUUCGUACGAACACUUCUACGUCAUAUACUGCAAGUUCUGGGAGCUGGACACAGACCAUGACCUCUACAUAGACCUCAAGGACCUCUCCAGAUACAACGAUCAUGCUUCUUCAAACAGAAUCAUAGAGAGGCUGUUCUCUGGAGCUGUGACUCGGGGUAACGCCGUGCAGAGAGAGGGGCGCAUGAGCUACGCCGAAUUCGUUUGGUUCCUCAUUUCUGAAGAGGACAAGAAAAACCCCACAAGUAUUGAGUACUGGUUCCGAUGCAUGGAUGUGGAUGGAGAUGGAGUCUUGUCCAUGUUUGAGCUGGAGUACUUCUAUGAGGAGCAGUGUGAGCGAAUGGAGCGAAUGGGAAUAGAACCUCUGCCUUUCCAGGAUCUGCUGUGUCAAAUGUUGGAUCUCGUCAAACCAGAGAAUCUAGGGAGGAUUACACUGAGUGAUCUGAAGAAGUGCAGAAUGGCCCAUAUCUUUUUCGAUACCUUCUUUAACCUGGAGAAAUAUCUGGACCACGAGCAGAGGGACCCAUUCGCUGUUCAAAAGGACAUCGAUAGCGAGGGUCCGGAGCCGUCAGACUGGGACAAAUAUGCCUCAGAGGAAUAUGAGAUUCUGGUCGCCGAGGAGACGGCAAACGAACAGCUGCAUGAUGGGUCAUUUGAUGAUGACUAUGAUUCAGAAGAACUGCACGUCCCAGGUGACAUUGGAAACAAAAUGGAGAAACUUGUUAUUUCUGAUCUCACUGCUUAGAAACAUUUCCUUGGAACUGGCAUGCCUGUCUGGAAUGAGGUCUAAAGAACCGGUGUACAAUGCAUCACUUGUAAAAGAAAGAAGAAACUUUUUUGUGCAAAGGAAAAUAAAGUAUCUUGGACUUUUUGAGACUGGUAUCUUCCCAGCAUCAAAUAACUCAAAUUAAUAACAGAUACCACAAAAUUAUUAUUUAUUUUUGGAGUAAAAGAAGAUAUUUAACUGCCUUGUACAGCUGACAAUCUCACCAAAGGACUAUCAAGUACAAAAACUGUAUUUUGUAAGCAAAUGUUGGACACUGCCCUUAAGAACUGUUAUUAGAGAUUGUGCAAGUCUGUGAAGCAAUAGAAGGGAAAGACUACUGGUUGAUACAGCACCCUCUUAUGGCCAAUCUUAGUAACUGCAUGGCAUUUUUGUUUGAAGAAGUUGCCGGCCAAACUGCUGCUCUAUUCUUAGUCUAGUAUUAUCAGCACUAACUCCGCCUCUCUCCACUUUCAAUUUUCAACCGAGGAUCUGCCUAUGAAACGCUGUAUAAAAAAAAAAGUAUUCAAGUAAAAAAAAAUACCACACUCUCUGGUAGAGUUGCAAAAAUAUUUUCUUUUUGUUAAUUCAUUGAUUGGAAGUGUGAAAUCUUAAUGUUUGCUUGUUAAGAUCAAUACUACUGUAAAUCCAGUUUAAUAGAAAUAGAAGUCUGUUUUUCAGUUAUGUUUUCAGGUUAUGCCGAUGCUAAAUUACAUUAAUCUAAACAUUUUGUUCUCAACAGUUUUUUUUAUAAUUCAUGCUCACAACUCACAGGAUGUAAAAUUAUUUGGAAAUUUUGUUUUUACCCAGUUUUAUUUAGAAACUUGAAUGCAACAGAGUGAAGGAAAUGUUGCUUGAGGGGUUUUAAGUAUCUGUCAUUGCUCUCUUCUAAGUUAUGUGUAGCGUUAGCAUUAGCGUUGUAGCUCCUUGCUGGUGCGUUUGGACAGAUGUGUGCAUAGGGCUCUCCUCUGUGCACUCCUGUUAUGAGCGCGGCUGUGUUUGUUCAUAAAGAUGGAGGAGGUGCUUUUCAAGUGUUUUGCUGAGACUCUGUUUAUACACCCCUGUCGUCACCACGGUAACACUGUCCCCAUCCUGGGAUUGUUUGUAGAAGUUUUAAUUAGGGAUAGGACAGUGCUUGUCCAGUGGCUCCAAAGCUCCUGCCAUAUACCUCCUGUAUGUUGGUUACUGUAGACAGCUCCUCUGCCCUCUGUACAUGUGCCUGACUGUAUUAUAGCUAAAUAAUGUUACAUUAUAUUAUGAAGCCUUUAUAAAUAUGACGGCUGUGAUCUUUUUAUGUAUUUGAUUUGUAUUGUUGUGCCACUGUGUGGCUGUAGACUGGGAAGGGAGGGGGUAAAUUAUAUCAUGUGUGAAUAUUUGUGUGCACAGGAAAUGGCCCCAGCACAUGCCUGAAUCCUUUGGAGGACUGAUCUCCACUGACAAUCAUUCAUGAGACCAGCACUGCUCACAGUGUCCACACUGUGGCAGCAGAGAGUCCGCUGCUCAUACAGCUCUAUGCAAAGACCUGGUGCCCAGCAUCAGGCAGGAGUGAAGCCAUGUACGUCUCUACUGUGAGAGAGGCAGACUUUAACUGGUGUACUUCCUCUGUGCAGAGGAGCUUAUCUAAGUCUAGGCUUCAAUGGAUACUAAUACGGCAUGGUUUUCUUUGUUUUCAGUUUGUUCUUAUACCUGUUGCUGCCAUCUAAAGAUUAAGUUUAAAUAAAGAUUCAAGAUGUUCUGA